CUUUCUACUCCUUGCCCAGAUCUAAACUCCACGGUCGGCAGCUGCGUGGGCCCCUGGGCAGCCUCUCUGUGAAAAGCCGCGUGCCCGAAGGCAGCGCACACACACCCGCAAAAGAUCUGUGGCGAGCAGACCAUGCGGCUGGACAGACUUUGUGCUUGGCUGAGCGCGGUGACCUGUGGGUUCCUGCUGCUUCUCAUCCAGGGCCAGGGCCAGGAGUCUGCCAGCCCCAUCCGGACCACACACAUGGGGCAGGUGAAGGGGAGCCUCGUCCACAUGAAGGGUACCAAUGUGGGGAUCCACGUCUUCCUGGGAAUUCCCUUUGCUAAGCCACCUGUAGGGCUGCUGCGAUUUGCACCCCCUGAGCCCUCUGAAUCUUGGAGUGGUGUAAAGGAUGGGACAUCCCACCCAGCCAUGUGUCUGCAAGACAUCACUCUCAUGGAUGCACUUGCUCAGUACCUGCUGAAUCACACCCUGCUGUUCACCUCCAUGUCUGAAGAUUGCCUGUAUCUCAAUAUCUACACACCUGCCCACACCCACGAGGGCUCCAACCUGCCUGUGAUGGUGUGGAUCCAUGGUGGCGGGUUGGUGAUGGGCAUGGCUUCCAUAUAUGAUGGCUCUGCACUGGCAGCCUUUGAGGACAUAGUAGUGGUCGUUAUCCAGUACCGCCUGGGUGUGCUGGGCUUCUUCAGCACUGGAGACAAGCAUGCAUCUGGCAACUGGGGCUACCUGGAUCAAGUGGCCGCGCUACACUGGGUCCAGCAGAAUAUUGCCUACUUUGGAGGCGACCCUGGGCGUGUCACCAUUUUUGGUGAGUCCGCAGGUGGCACAAGUGUAUCUUCACACAUGGUGUCCCCCAUGUCCCAAGGACUCUUCCACGGUGCCAUCAUGGAGAGUGGUGUGGCCCUGUUGCCCGGCCUCCUUGCCAACUCAUCUGACAUGGUCUCCGCAAUGGUGGUCAACCCAUCUGCCUGUGGCCAGAUUGACUCAGAGGCCCUGGUGGACUGCCUGCGAGGCAAGAGUGAAGAGGAGAUUCUAGACAUCAACAAGCCCUUCAAGAUCAUCCCCGGUGUGGUAGAUGGGACCUUCCUGCCCAGACACCCCCAGGAGCUAAUGGCCUCUGCUGAUUUUCAACCUGUUCCCAGCAUCAUUGGUGUCAACAAUGAUGAGUAUGGUUGGCUCAUCCCCAUGUUCAUGAACAUCUCUAAAAUUCAGAAAGAAAUGGACAGAGGGACCACGAAGGCUGCUCUACAGGAAGUAUUAGCAAUGAUGAUGUUGCCUUCUGAGAUUGGUGACCUGUUGAUGGAGGAGUACAUGGGGGACAGUGAGGACCCCCAGGCCCUCAAAGCCCAGUUCCAGGAGGUGAUGGAGGAUGCUGUCUUCGUGAUCCCUGCACUCCAAGUAGCAAAUUUUCAGCGUUCGCUUGCCCCUGUCUACUUCUAUGAAUUCCAGCAUCGGCCCAGCUUCUUCAAGGACAUCAAGCCACCCCAUGUGAGGGCAGACCAUGGUGAUGAGAUUCCCUUUGUCUUUGGAACAUUCUGGAGGAACUCUGCUGAAAUCCCUGAGGAGGAGGUGAUGCUGAGCAGGAAGAUGAUGAAGUACUGGGCCAACCUUGCUCGAAAUGGGAACCCCAACGGUGAGGAUCUGCCCCACUGGCCCGUGUACGACCAAGAAGAGCAAUACCUGCAGCUGAAUGUGCAGCCUUCGGUGGGCCGAGCCCUGAAGGCCCACAAGUUCCAGUUCUGGACAAAGACCCUUCUCCAGAAGAUCCAGGAACCAACAGGGGCUGAGGAGAGGCACCCAGAGCUGUACCAGCCAGCCAGCCAGCAAAGAUUUAUUAAGAACCUACUGUGUGAUGUUGCCAAGCCCCCCAUGGGUCCUCUCCUGUUAGACGCACUCGUGAGGAGCAUGGGGACAGUGGUAAGAAUUACAUCUAGGGUCCUGGUCUGGGUGGCCUGUCUGCUCCUGCCAUUCCCUGCUGCAAUGGCUGGGCCAGAGGGUGCUCGGCCUGAAGUGGACACCACCCUGGGUCGUGUGCGAGGCUGGCAGGUGGGCGUGAAAGGCACUGACCACCUUGUGAAUGUCUUCCUGGGCAUCCCAUAUGCCCAGGCACCCCUGGGCCCCAACCGGUUCUCAGCCCCACGCCCAGCACCUUCCUGGGAGGGUGUGCGGGAUGCCAGCACUACCCCUGCGAUGUGCCUGCAGGAUGUGGAGAAAAUGAACAACAGUAGAUUUGUGCUGAACGGAAAGAACCAGGUCUUCCCUAUAUCAGAGGACUGCCUUCUUCUCAACAUCUACAGCCCAGCUGAGGCCACUGCAGGGGCCAGGAGGCCGGUCAUGGUAUGGAUCCAUGGGGGCUCUCUGACUAUGGGCGCUGCCACUUCCCAGGAUGGGUCAGCCCUGGCCGCCUACGGGGAUGUGGUGGUGGUCACGGUGCAGUACCGCCUGGGGGUCCUUGGCUUCCUCAGCACUGGGGAUGAGCAUGCACCUGGCAACUGGGGCUUCCUGGAUGUGGUGGCUGCUCUGCGCUGGGUGCGGGAGAACAUCGGCCCCUUUGGGGGUGACCACAACUCUGUCACCAUCUUUGGCGGAUCUGCUGGUGGCUGCAUUGUCUCCGCCCUGGUCCUCUCCCCGCUGGCUGCAGGGCUGUUCCACAGAGCCAUAGCACAAAGUGGGAUCAUCACCCUACUGAGGGUACUGGAUUCUACCUCAGGGCCCCAGGUUCAGAGCUUUGCGGACUCCGUGGGCUGCAGCUCUGACUCCUCGGCUGAGAUGUUGCGGUGCCUCCGGCAGAAGACAAGCAAGGAGCUGCCCCUUGACAAGUUGGGAACUGUGGCUUCCUACGCCAUUGAUGGCACCUUCUUUCCCAAGAGCCCCAAGGAGCUCCUGAGGGACAGGCAGUUCUCCCAUGUGCCUUUCCUCUUGGGUGUCACCAAUCACGAGUUUGGCUGGCUCAUCCUCAAGGGCUUGGAUCUCCUGGAUAAGAUAGAGCAGAUGGACCUGGACAGCCUGCUGACCACCAUGAGACCCUUCUUGACCACUCCGGAUAUGCCCCCAGAGGCGAUACCCAUCCUCACAGAUGAAUAUCUAGGCGGCAUCUCAGAUAUACCAAGCAAACGGAAGGCCUUCCAGGAGUUGUUGGGUGACGCUAUCAUAAACUUUCCUGUCUUGGAUUUUCUAAGAAACCUUCGAGACUCUGGGGUCCCAGUCUUUUUCUAUGAGUUCCAGCAUCGACCCAGUUGUUUUGCGAAGAUCAAGCCGGACUGGGUGAAGGCUGACCAUGGCGCUGAGUUUGCUUUCAUGUUUGGGGGUCCUUUCCUCACAAACGAGAGCUCCAGGCUGGCCUUUCCAGAAGCCACAGAGGAGGAGAAGCAGCUGAGCCUCACCAUGAUGGCCCAGUGGACCCACUUUGCCCGGACAGGGGACCCCAAUGGUGAGGGGCUGCCUUCUUGGCCCCCAUUCAACCAGUCAGAGCAAUAUCUGGAAAUCAGCCUGACACCACGAGUCAGCCAGAAGUUCAGGGAGGCCCGAAUGCAGUUCUGGGAAAAGACAUUUCCAACCAAGAUCCAGCAGUUGAAGCAGAAGCAGCAGCAGAAGCAGAAAAGCCAGAAGGCCCAGGAGGAGCUGUGAGGCAGGGGAGGCAUUGUCCCCGCAGAGCAGCCUCCUUCUCCCCCUGCUAAGUGACUGUAAUAUGCACCAGGUGACCUGCCGUCAGGCCCCUUAAAGGGACAGCACAUAUACCCCCCAUGAUUGGCAUGCUCUUUUGAAUCAUCACUGGCUUCCCACCUCAGGCCUUUGCUUGAACUCCUUCUUCAUGAAGUGCCUUUCCCACUUGGUUCAUGGCAGGUUCCAGUUCAUUCCUCUAGCUUCUUAGGCAAUCCCUCCUCCAGGAAGCCUUCCCUGCCUUCUCUGGGCCUGGCCCUGAGUCUGUGUCCACUACAACAUAGCCCAUGCUAGGCCAGCA